UCUUUUCUGCCUCCCUUGCCUUGAAUAUACAAGCAUUUCAUUGCAAGUAAUAAAGGAGUGGGAGGGACCUCUCUCAUUGGAGGAGGAGAAAGCAAAACAGGCGACAACCAGAAAAUAAUGGCAGCCUCUCUUCAAGCCGCGGCAACUCUCAGGCAGCCGACUAAGGUCGGCGUACCGGUUAAGGGCGGGCUGCAGUUGAGAUCCACUCCGACCGUCUGCAAGAAUUUCGGCUUCGACCCAUCUUGCGCCAGGCUCACCUGCUCUCUUCAGAGCGAUCUCAAAGAAUUGGCUCAGAAAUGUGUUGAUGCCACCAAGAUCGCCGGUUUCGCACUGGCUACCUCAGCUCUAGUGGUUUCGGGAGCAAGCGCUGAAGGAGUCCCUAAAAGGCUAACAUACGAUGAGAUCCAGAGCAAGACAUACAUGGAAGUAAAGGGAACCGGAACCGCGAACCAGUGCCCCACAAUUGAAGGCGGCGUCGACUCUUUUGCCUUCAAGACUGGCAAAUACAACUUGAAGAAGUUAUGCUUGGAGCCGACGUCGUUCACAGUGAAGGCGGAGGGUGUGAGCAAGAACGCCCCACCCGAGUUCCAGAAGACCAAGCUCAUGACCCGUCUGACCUACACCCUCGACGAGAUCGAGGGGCCCUUCGAGGUGUCCCCCGACGGAACAGUUAAAUUUGAGGAGAAAGACGGGAUUGACUACGCCGCAGUUACGGUUCAGCUCCCGGGAGGCGAGCGAGUGCCCUUCCUGUUCACCAUCAAGCAGCUCGUAGCCUCCGGCAAACCUGAGAACUUCGGAGGACAAUUCCUUGUGCCAUCUUACAGGGGCUCAUCUUUCCUAGACCCCAAGGGAAGAGGUGGCUCAACGGGUUACGAUAACGCCGUCGCUUUGCCCGCCGGAGGAAGAGGAGAUGAAGAGGAGCUGACCAAGGAGAACAUAAAGGACCCAUCAUCCUCGACCGGAACGAUAACCCUCAGCGUGACCAAGAGCAAGACGGAGAGCGGUGAGGUGAUAGGAGUGUUUGAGAGCCUUCAGCCAUCUGAUACUGAUUUGGGAGCAAAGACUCCUAAGGACGUGAAGAUCCAAGGGAUUUGGUAUGCCCAGCUUGAGUCGUAGAAGCUGCACUUUUUGUUUUUUGUCUCCUGUAUGCAAUCUUCGUGUCGGAUUUUGUAUGAAUAGAAUGUCGGCUUUUUUUAUUUUUUCGGUUUUACGUUAUAAAACAAACACUGUUGUCGCUGGACGCUAU